CAGUGCAUCUACAAUCAACAUCCUAAAGCUCGUACAUCAAUCCAUAUAGGAUACCACAGCCCAUGCUGCCUGCCUCUGGAUAAGCUUAAACCUUAUACGCACACACACAACCCUCAUUUAGGAAACAAUGCUAUGUGCUGAUGGCAUGUAUACAAGGCAAACAUGGAGAACACUAGGGCAUUCUAGUCUCGUGUUUCAUGCCGAUCGGUAAUUUUUGAUUGGUUCAGGAACAUUUGCGGAAGGUAUUUAGAAUUUACCAUGCUUCAGCAAAAUAAAAUCGAGGAAACCAAACUCAAACCAAAUACCGAAACCGUUUAAUUUCCUAGCAUGUAGUUAAGCCAGAAAAAGGAUGAGUGUGUAAUAAUGCUUGUAUAGAAUCGGAAAGCCUCUUUUUCCUGGUCCCCGUGCUGUGGUUACGUUCCAGACUCAAAAAUAAAAGAGCAGCGCGGUAGCCUGUGGAUGGCACUUAACUAAAAUAGUGCAGGAACUGAAGAUAUUGGUAGCCCUCACUGAUCCAGAAAGUGGGAAGCUUCUCCAGUCUCAAUCUAAUGCACUCAACUCCUUAGGCGUGUGGAAGUCCCUUUUCUCUGCAGUUGAACCAGACGCCGACCUUUAAACCAUGUGCGACCAGGAAAACCCGAGCAACGUGGCCCUGAAGAACCCUGUGAGCAGUGACGCAGCGGAGCUGUCCGACACCAGCUCCCUGAGCGACUCGGACCCCGAAGACUCCGCCACGCACUUCCGCGCCGAGGUGGAGAACCUGUCCUCGUCGGGGGACUCGUCUCCGGACCGGGCUCCGCUGGGGGCGUGCGGGCGCUCCGGCCCCCGUAAGCUCCCCUUCCAGCUGCAGGGGGGCAGCGCCGACUUCUCCUCCCGCAGCCAGAGCAUCUUCGCCUGCCUGGAAAGCGCCGCCAAGCUGGCCUCCCCGGGCCUGGGAGAGGACAACGUCAUCGACGGCACCUUCCUGCGGCCCAUGCCGCUGCUCCCCCAGAGGAAGAGGGAGGAGAAGAGGGAGGGCGUGGCCGGCAGGCCUCCUCCGACGCCGCCGUCGUCCGCUGCAGGCGUGCCAGAGAGCCCCACUCACUCGCCGCGCUGGACCAAGUACAGCCUGGAGGACGUGCCGGAGACCAGCGAGCGGAAGAACAGCCAGGUGGCGCUAGAGUACAUCCAGGGCCUGCAGCAGAGGAGGAGGGAGUCCCAGACGGGCGAAGAGCCCUUCGUCCCCGCCUUUAACCAGGAUCACUCCAGCCGCGGCGACUCCAAAAUCCUCUUCUCCCGGCCUGGCCGUCGGGACGAGGGCCAAGCCGCCCGGGAUAAGGCCCACGAGGGCUGUGCGUCAGAGGGGGGCAAGAAGAAGGAGGUGGGCCUGUUUCACCUGGAGGAGCCCGAGGAGGACCCCAAGUCAGCCGAGCCUUCAAAGGGACCGAGGAAGAGGAACUGUGCCCCCGAAGAGGAAGAGGAGGAUGACGGACAGCCACAGUCUGCCGUGGGGUUCAACAGCGGCCGGAAGGUCAACCGCAAGAAGUUCCGCCGAGGAGGCGAACAGGAGGAGGAGGAGAACUGAAAACGCAAUACUGUACUAAAGCAAGGGUAGAUGCAUGAACCCUCAAUUUUUCAAUAUCACGCCCUGUGUUCGACAAUACCAUUAUCAAGUGUAUAAGAUUAGGCAUUGGCAUGACUAGUGUUCAACAAAGCCUCCUUUUAUAUUGUUCCAGUGAAAUUUAAAUGUUUGUCUAAAUCUUCAUCUUCCUUUGUUUGUUCUGGAAUUAAGUGUGUUUGUAGUUUCCCCCUCUCCCAAUUGUGUUACAUGUGUAAAGCCUCACAGCAAUACCUACCUGUGAAGAAACAACAUUAAAUGUAUACUGUUAUGUGCAGGGUAGAGUGGUCUGAAUCCGCAAUACUAUUUUGAUGUGUUGGCAUAGAAAUUUGAUAGACAAACUGAAAAACAUUGUCCCACAGUAAACAAUUUAAAAAAAAUGUUUUGUCUGUUCUU